AUGAGUGACUCACCUCCCAUUGUUUAUGCAGUCCUUCCAGAUUCCCCUACCGAAGUACAAUACUCCUACAAUACGCAUGAAAGCAUCUCUCCAAUUAUAACUCCUGUUCGGAAGAAAAGAGUCAGCGGAAAAGUAUCUCGCCUGGCAAAGAAACAACGAUCGACACCAAUCACGUACUCUAAAAGUGGUGAAGAAUUUGAAACCGAAACUCAAACAGUACUCCAAGAUGAUACCAACGAAUUAGCACCUUUUUAUGAUGAAGAAUAUGGAGUAUCUGCUCCAGAGAUAGAUACGUUGGGCGAAUCAGUGAAUGAAGGGGCCUCCAGAACUGAUGACGAAGAAUACUCGUACUUCCUGGAUGCAGUACUGGCUGAUGAAUGUGGCUUUUACCAGCUUACUGGAAAUCUUUUUGUUGCAAAUGGAUGGAGUAAUUCUAGGCGCGAGUCUACAGUGCGUGAAACUGAUCAGUAA